CCUCGCAUUUACUCCGAACUGAAAACAAAAAAAAAAAAAAAUCUUUCUCUCAAUUUCUCGCUGGAUUUGGUUUAAAAGCCUCGCUGUCGAAGGAUCUCUCGUCGUGUUCGUCUUCACAAUUCGGUCUUCGACGACUUCUAGAGAGAGAAAGUUAGAGAGAGACAAAGAGAUUGAGAGAGAAAUUAAGUCAGAGAGUAAUUCCUGUGAUCAUCAGAGCAUCGUACUUCACGAAGAUGGCUGACGCCGCACACGGCAACGGCGCCGCCGCCGCCCACCAGCAGUACACGGAAUUCCCGGCUGUUGCGUCGUACGGAGGCCAAUACAUUCAGUACAACAUCUUCGGAAACCUAUUCGAGAUCACCAACAAGUACCGCCCUCCGAUCAUGCCUAUUGGUCGCGGCGCCUACGGAAUCGUCUGCUCGGUGCUGAAUUCGGAGACGAACGAGGUGGUUGCGAUCAAGAAAAUAGCCAACGCGUUUGAUAAUCACAUGGAUGCGAAGCGCACGCUUCGGGAGAUUAAGCUGCUUCGGCAUCUGGACCACGAAAAUGUGAUAGCUAUAAGAGAUGUGAUUCCUCCACCUGUACGGAGAGAUUUUACCGAUGUCUACAUUGCGACGGAGCUUAUGGAUACCGAUCUUCACCAAAUUAUUCGUUCAAAUCAAAGUUUAUCAGAAGAGCAUUGUCAGUACUUCUUGUACCAGAUUCUUCGGGGGCUGAAAUACAUCCAUUCUGCUAAUGUUAUUCAUAGAGACUUGAAACCCAGUAACCUUCUGUUGAACGCAAAUUGCGAUCUUAAGAUAUGCGAUUUCGGCCUUGCUCGUCCCACCGCGGAGAAUGAGUACAUGACAGAAUAUGUUGUCACCAGAUGGUACAGAGCACCUGAGUUAUUACUGAACUCUUCAGAUUACAGUGCUGCAAUAGAUGUUUGGUCUGUGGGUUGCAUAUUUAUGGAGCUUAUGAACAGAAAGCCUUUGUUUCCGGGCAAAGAUCAUGUUCACCAGAUGCGCUUAUUGACAGAGCUCCUCGGCACACCAACGGAGUCUGAUCUCGGGUUUGUUCGGAAUGAGGAUGCAAAAAGAUACAUUCGGCAACUCUCCCAAUUUCCUCGUCAGCCGUUAGGCAGAGUGUUUUCACAUGUUCAUCCACUAGCCAUAGAUCUCGUUGACAAAAUGUUGACAUUUGAUCCUAAUAAAAGAAUCACUGUCGAGGAAGCAUUAGCCCAUCCUUACAUGGCAAGACUGCAUGACGUUGCUGAUGAACCAGUGUGUCUGGAGCCAUUCUCCUUUGAGUUUGAGCAACAACCAUUGUCAGAAGACCAAAUGAAAGAUAUGAUUUACCAGGAGGCCAUCGCACUCAAUCCGGAAUAUGCUUGAUUUGAAAACAGCAUAAUCCAUUAUCAGUUGCUAUGUAAUGCUUAAUUUACCAAGUUUUUUCGUUUUUUUUUUUGGUAUAAUUAUUUCAUUUUUUCCAAUAAACACGAACGCUAUAAUCUAAAAGUUGCAGUCUGCAGAGGGUAUCAUGUUAAUACACUAAGAUGAUAAGUUGCGGGUCACGCAACUAUAUGCUUGUACUGUCUUAUCUGUAUCAGGUCAAAGGUGGGUGGGGUCUACUGACUUUCCCCAAUGACUGCUCAUUUGUUGUACUAGGCCUCUCUGUUAAAAUUUUUGAGGUCUUUUUUGUUUUGUUUUUGUUCUUGUUUGUUGUA